GAAUAUAUAUAGUGUCAUAUAAUUCACAAAAAUUUCCAAAAAUCUAAAAUUUGCAUGUAAAUAAUUUUUAAAUCACUGAAUUCUGAUUAUUAAAAUGGUUAUUUUUAGAUUCUGCACAUUAAAAUUUAUAAAAAAAUUAAAAUUUAUAAAAUCUAUAAAAAAACAUUCAAAAAUAUUAAUGUUUUUUCCAAAGUUUAAUUAAAAAUAUAAUAAAUAAAUGGAGAAUUAAUAAUAUUAGUGAUACAUAAUAAAUUCAAUUAUAUCAAAUAAAAUAAGUUUAAUUACAGUUCUAGGCGCAAUUAAGUUUUAUAGUUGUCAACAGUAAUAAAGAUGGCGGAUUUAACGUAUGAGUAGUUGAUGUUUGCUUUGAUACGUGCAUUGACGAUUUUAUGAAAUAGUCGCAUUAACAUAUUGUGUGGUGUGUAUGUGCAUGCGUGUGCGUAUUUAUAGAAAGUAAAUUUUGUUUUAUAAAAUAUGUUAAAAAUUUGUUGAAUAUGAGCGAAGGAGCGAAUUCAAUAUCGCAGAUCUGCGAGAAUUCGCUUACGACCUUGAAGGAUGAAGUCGAUCCUGAAGAACUUCCUCCAAGAAUAAUUUCCCAUGUUACUAGAAGAUCACGAUUUGGUACAAGCAAUGUUGCGCUUUCGCCUUAUAUUUUAAUUGAUGGAAGAAAAUUGCGAAGUUCCUUGGCAUUAAGCAAAAAAAAGCUUCCUCGACGUGUUAAUUUUCCAACAAAUGAUAAUCAUUUGAUUACGGGAUAUUUGGAGCCGGCCAAUCCAUGGAAAUUCGCUAAAAAUGUGAAUUGUGAAGAUAUAAUCUUAGCAUACAAAGAAUCUUGUAUAAAACAUAAUUCAGAUCCUUUGGAGACUGUUAUAAAUCAACUUAAGAAUUUGGAUACAUUUGAAUUGCGAAAUGAAGAAUUAGAUUUAAAAGGACAAAUAUUAGAUAUUAAUCAUGCAGAACCAUUGGAGGAAAUUUUCAAAAGAGUACAAUUUAAUAAAAUUAAUUUAGAAGCUACAUCUUUGAAUGAUGAGAGUUCUGUGAUAUUAUUUGAUAUGUUAGAAUAUUAUGAAUCUGCAAGGCAUUUGAAUAUUUCAUCUAAUCAAAGCAUUGGAAUUCAUGGUUGGCAAGCAUGUGCAAAUAUGAUAAAAAAGACUCAAUGUUUAGAACAUUUUGAAGCUAAAGAUGUAAUCCUUAAUGAACAAUACAUGAAUAUCUUGAGUCGUGCAUUACGAUUAAUCUGCCAUUUACAUGUGCUUAAAUUAGAAAAUUGUGGACUCACAGGAAGAUCUAUUGUCACAUUAGACCUUUUAAUAGUUGCAGCAUUAAAAAUGAAUACAGGAAUAAGAGAACUUUAUUUAGCUGAUAAUGGGCUGAAUUUAUAUGAUGCAAUACAGCUUGGUUCUCUUCUAAGAUUAAAUAAUCACAUACAACUACUUGAUAUUAGUAAUAAUGUCAUUCAAGAUGAUGGUGUACGUGAUAUCUUAGAAGGUCUCAUCAAUCAAAUAAAUGAAGACAAAGAUGGUAAAGGUUUAAACAUACUAGUAUUAUGGAAUAAUCAACUGACAAAAAAAUCGUCUCCCUAUUUCGCACGUAUUAUAACAUUGUGUAAAACGUUGGAAACAUUGAACAUCGGAAAAAACAUCUUAACUGACGAAUUUUUAUUUGUUAUAAAAGAUGCAUUGAAAAAAAAUCAUGUUUUGUUACAAUUAGGAAUACAAUCAACUGAACUCACAUGUGAUGGUAUUAUUACAUUAUCUGAAAUUAUUGAAAUAAAUCAAGUUUUACAAAGGAUAGAUUUACGAAAUAAUAGCAUACAAGUAACUGGAAUGAAAGCUCUUAGUUUUGCUAUGAAAAAAAAUAAAAAUAUUACUAAAAUAGAUUUGGACGAUAAACUCGAGAUAAAAGUAGAUGACCAGACCUUGCAUCAAUACACGCAGCUUGUAGCUGAUAUUCGAAGCUGUUGUUUGGAAAACAAACAAAAUCAAAUAUUAGAAGAAAAUAGCGAAGGUUUUGAAAAUUCAUAUCAUAGCAGAUUCUGUAGUACAACCUCUCGUAAAAUUUCGCUUACUUGUCAAACAUUACCAUGUUCUUUAUCAUCCAUGAUUUCAAUACAAAAAGAUGAAUCUGAACAAUCAAUGCUCGAACCGAAACGUAUUAAUGGAGGUCGUCUUCGUUCUCCAGCCCCUAGUCCUGUCUCUUCACCUAUAGCCAGUCCAAUAUUAAGUCCUUCACGAAGUCGAUUUGUAGUGUCUCGAGUACCAGAGACGCUACGUUCUACAGAUUCCUCAGUAUCUUCAUCAUCAAUUGUUUUUUCAUCCCUUGGAUCAUCACCUACCUAUGUCACUUCUGCAAGUGGGUCAUCUAGAUUUCGCGUUUCAGUUGUUGAAUCAGCAAAUAUUGUAUGUUUAUCGAAACCUAUUAUUACUACUACUGAAGCUGAUAUCACAGUCGAUUUAAAUUCGAAAGUUAAUAUUACAGAAUCAAUUGAUUCAGAUAAUUCAGAUAAUGUAUUUGCAUCUGAAUUAGGAAUGAAUAAUAAUAAUCAAAUUGAAAAUUUGCAAAAUACUUCGAACGACUUUUCUGAUCUAGCUUUAAAUGUAGUAGAAGAAAUGUGUACAUCAACAGUACCUGGAUGUCCUAAUAUAAAAGAAUCAAAUACAAGUAAAUCUUUUUUUAAGACAACAAUUAAAAGUCAAUCUAAUGAUAAUAUAAGUUCUGUAACUUUAGAAUGCAAAGAAGAUGGUAAUGUGUCAGACAAUCAAAUUAUUUUGAACCAAUUGGAAGAUAUUUUGACAACAAAAAAUAUUGAGAAUAUAGAAAAUUAUUAUAAAAAAGAUGCAAAAGAUAUAAAAAUUACAUCUAAAGAUAGAAAUGAUAAAAAUUCUCCUUAUACUACAAUAACUACUAACAAAGAUUAUGGUACAACAAAUACUUGUACAAAUGAAAACAUAGAAUUACAAUCACAAACAAAUCAUGAUCCAAUACAAAAAAGUACUUCUAAUUUAGGAAAAUUACUUUCGCUAUUUCAACAUUCUAGUUGUUUUUUUUCUGAUUCCACUAACAUUAAUCAAUUAAAAAGUAAAAGUACAUUUCAAGGUAGCAUAAACAGCAUGAUGACUCUUGGUGAUAAAUUCCAUUAUUACAUAAAAGAUAAAAAAGAUAGGAUUUAUAAUCGUGAAACAGAAGAGUCGUCGGUAUCACUAAAAAAUAAAUCAAAAUUUUUUAAUGUUUCUCAAUUGCCAAGUUUACAAAGUUUAGCAAACAUGAUUCCAUCAUUUAAAUUUGAAGGUAAUACUUCUGGGCAGAGUAAUAAAUCUUAUUCUAAAGAAGUAAAUCUUUUACUCAAGAAAGAUUGUGAAACUGAUUCGACAGGUACAAAAAAAACUAAUUGCAAUAGUGAAAACUUAAAUAUUUAUUUAAAAAAACAGAAAUCUAUUUCUACUUUAGAUAAUCAAUUAUUAUCUGAAAAUAUACAAUCAAAAUUUCCAUUUGGUGUUACUAACAAAAACGUAGUAUUAACUGCAAAUUAUAUUGUUUCAAAUAUAAUUGAUAUUUGUUCUAAAAUUGUGAAUAAUAAUUUAUUAAUGCAUGUUUCAAAUAGUAACUCAAUUGUACCUGUACCUAAAUUAAUAGGUAUACCUGAAUACUCUGUUUUAAAAGCAGUUAUAAAUGAUGUACAGAAAAAAAAUAUAGCGGAAGUACUAGAUAAAGUAGAUCCUAUAGAAAAAACAAAUAAUGAAAUUUUAACAAACAGUAUUAAUUUUACUAGUGAUAACAAUUCUUUGUCAUGUAGUAUAAUGUAUGAUAUAAGCAAUGAUAUGCAUACUGUAGAUACGUCUGACAGAAUGCACAAUUUAGUAAUAAAUUUAAGUACAAAAAAUAAUAUUGAAAAUAAUUCUGUUUUUAAUGUAAAUAGUACAGAAAAUAAUACAGCAUGUCAUGUAUGUAAUCAAAAAUGUGUCUGUAAUGUAAGUAAUAAAUCAAUUGAAUGUUAUAAUACGUUGAAGAUAAAUGUAGAAACAAAUUGUCUAAAUAAUGAAGUUACCAGAAUGUAUAGUAUUGACAGUAAUAAUGAUAAAAAUGUUUUUAUAAAUGUUCAUAAUAUCUCAACAAGUAAUGAAAUAGAAAGAAUAAAUGUAUGUUAUGUAAAUAAUAAUACAAAUUGGAAAAGUACAGUUGUAAAUAACAUACCAGAAGCAAAGAUAUCAAAAAUAAAUUAUAUAUACAAAGAUACUAAUUUUGAAUCUAGCAAUGAUAAUACAAAUUUAUGUACUUCAGUAAUUUAUAGAGAUGUAAAUACACCAAUAAAACGAAAAGUGAUAAAACCAUUUGUUAUAGAAAAUAACAAAUACUUUAAAAUAACUAAUAUAUAUCAAACAAAAACUAAUAAUGUGAAAAAUACUAUGAAUAAUAUGAACAUUGUUAUGUCUAUACCAAGAAUGUAUUCUUAUAUGACAAACUUCAAUAUAUUAAUUCUUAGAAAUUUUAUACAUUAUGUAGCAGAUACAUCUGUUGAUAAAACUUUGAUUAAAAAUCUUUUAUUAGAUCUCACAACUAAUAAUUGGCCAGACAAUAUUAUUAAAAUAAAAACUUUAUUUUGUGAUUUAUCUCAGAUAUCUCAAUUAUCAAUGAAUGCUAUAACUGAAAAAUCAGAUAAUGAAAUAUUGAAAAUUGAAAAAAAUACUUUACCGAAAAAUUAUUCAAAAAAAAAAAUGAAUUUUUAUAAGAAACAAAAAUUUAAAAAAAAUGAGCCUUUUGAAAUUGUUUCUGAAUAUUCUUCAAUACCUGUAAUAACUGAUUCUAUUGUUUCUUCAAAAGAAAAUGUGUCUUGUUUAAGAGGAAAUAUUGAUAUAAGCAGUAAUUUAUCAGAAAAUAUUCAUAUGUUCAAUAAUUUUGGAUCAAAUAUUGCUCAACAUUUAAAAUGCACAAAUUCAGAUGAAAUAAGUGAUACAACUCAUCAAUAUUUAAAUGCAAUUAAAUGUGCAGCUAUAGCCACAACUAUAUGUUCAACAGCUGCAGUGAACACAAGGGGUAAUACAACAAUUGAUAUUAUUUCUGAUCAAAGUACUAAUAUUGCUGAGACCUCAUCAAUAAUUCAUGCAACCAGCACAAAAUAAAAUAAAUGAUAUAGAAGAAGAAGAAGAAAAAGAAGAACAACAGUUACAAGUUAUUGAAAAUGAAGAUUCAGAAAUAAAAAAUAGAAGAUAUACUGAAGAAAAUAACAAUUUUUAUGAUUUUGAUGAUGAUGAAAUUGAUGAGUUUGAAGAAUUGAAAAUGCAUCUAGAACCAAAGUAUCAGCGAUAUGCUAAAUGGAGGAUCUAAAAUUAUGUUUUUUGACUGCUUAAAUAGUGCGUAAUGAUUUUAUAAAAAUACAUAUUCAACUCAUAGAAUCGUACUAAAAAUUUUACAUUGUACAAAUGAAAAAAUAUAUAGGUAAAUCUUAAAUAUUGUUGUAUAUAUAUAUAGAGAGAGAGAAUUUGUAGUAUUUUAUACAUUAAUUUUGCUCAGCUUUAGUUUAAAUUGAUGAAUAGAGAAAAAAAUGGAGAAAAUAUGGAUCCUCAUAUACAUAUACGUGUAUUAGGAAUAAUCUUAGUACAUGUUUAAUUCUAGUCUAGAAAUUGAUCUAUAAUAGCAUGAAUUAAAAAAAAAUCGUAGAUAUCAAAACAAAGUUUAAGAUUUUAUAAUUCUAUGUCAAAAUCAUUUAUUUAAUUAUGCUAUAGUUAAUUUUAGCUUUUCAUAUGAUUUGCACAUAAUCAAAAUUGUGCAUAAUGUAGAAAUGAUUGUAUAUAACUAUAUCAUAUUAUUAUACCAUUAGUAUGUGUGUAUGAAUAUGUAUAUAUGGGACUUAAAUAAUAUAUACAUAUUUAUAUUUGAUGCACAUCAUUCAAAAUUGUUACUUUUUGAGAAAAGUUUGUGUCUUUGAGGGAAAAGUAUUAUUAAAAUUGUUAUAUAUAAUGUCAGAUUUUUAUUUAUGAAUUGUAAACAUUUUCAAUAUUGACAUAAUAUAUUUUUAUUACAUAUAAAUACAGAAUAAAAAGUUUUUGACUUAAAUAUAAAUCAAUACUUAACUUGAAAUUUGAAUCUUUGUUAUUUGAAAUAUAUAUUUAUUAUAUUGUAUAUUUAUAAAAAUUUUUUUUAAUAUGUUAUUUCUGUAAGUAUAUUAUAGAAUAUAACUUGCUAAAGAAAAAAUGAAAUUGACAUGUGAUAUGAAUAUAAUUUUAUUAAAUCAUUGAUUUAUGUCAAAAAUAUAUUAACACCAGUGAUCAGUAAUUUAUAAAGUGUAUUUCAUAUCUACAUUGUAUUUUAUAUGUAUUAUAUAUUCAUAAUGAUAAAACUUAAUUUCAUACAUUAAAAAGUGAUAAUGAAAUUUAUAUAAUUUAAAACUCCAAAGUAUUAUUUUAUAAUUAAUAAAAACUUUAUGGAGUUAAAAAUAAAAAAUAAAUUGAUAAUUUUUAAAUAUAUAUAGUUAUAUUUUAUUUGAUAUAUUCUUAAACUUUAUGAAGAAUCAAAAAAGCGACAAUUAAAUAUUAGCUAUUUUUUUCAAUUAUGAAAUUCAUUGAUAAAAAUGAAAAAAUUAUUGAAUAUUAUUAUUAAUUUAGCAAUAUUAAAUUAUAAUUAUUGUAAUUAUUCUGUGUGUAUAUAUAUAUAUAUAUAUAUAUAUAUAUAUAUAUAUAUACGUGCGAGUGCAACACAAAUUCACAUAGAAUACACUCCAUCAAAAAUGUGCGUUUAUGUUGUGAAAUUAAUUAUGUACAAUUUAUAUAUUGAAAAGGAAUUGAAUUUAUUAAGAAUUUUAUCGCAUUAAGAAAUAAAAUAAUAAAGAUGGUUUAUUAAUUAA